AUGCAAAUGCAUCGUUUGGCUUAUAGACUACCAGUAGCUUCAUUCAACCAUUUAUCGCUUGUAAAGAAACGAUGCAGCAGCAUUUCUAUAUAUACCCGUUCUAUUUCAACAGAGACUCAUUUACAUUUUGAGGAUGAUUUACCAGAGACCCAUGUUUUGCAUCGAAAACUAUCAGGUGCCCGUAUGUUUAUAUUAAACAGACCCGAGAAGUUAAACGCACUCAACCUGGGCAUGAUAAGAAACAUUGGACCACAACUCAAAGCAUGGGACGUAUCAAAGCUGGCCAAAGUGAUAUUGAUGAAAGGUGUAGGCAAAGGAAAAUUCAGUGUGGGUGAUGACAUUUUGGAUGUGUUGACAAGAGCCAAGGCCAAGGAUCCUGAUGCAUUGUACUUUUUUCAAGAUAAAUUUCGGCUCGUGCAGAUGAUAGCGACUUUGCAGACACCGUAUGUGGCGGUUCUGGAUGGAUAUGCCUUGGGAGGCGCUUUAGGCUUGUUUGUACAUGGGCCCUUUCGAAUCGCUACAGAAAAGACCAUUUUCGCCACACCAGAAGUUAGUUUGGGUGCAUUUUUGAAUUCUGGAUCUAGCUUUUAUCUAUCAAGACUGGACGGAGAGAUUGGAGCGUAUUUAGCAUUGACAGGACACAGAUUAGAGGGUAUAGAUGCAUUCUUUGCAGGCAUAGCUACACAUUACAUUCCAUCAUCGAGAUUAGCAGCGUUGGAGGACAGACUUAUUGAUUUAGAGACAUCAGAGCACGAAAUUAUUCAACGAGUGCUGGAGAAAUUUGUGGACAAGAAGCCAGUAGAGAGCAUUGGAUUUCCCAAGGACAUUAGAGAAUCCAUUGAUCGAUGCUUUGCAUUUGACACAGUAGAAGAGAUUGUGGCGGCAUUGGACAAAGAGAAAUCAUCCAAAUGGACUCGAGAAACCAAGCAACGAUUAACUACAUUUUCACCCACGAGCCUCAAGGUGACAUUGAAGGCAUUACGAAGAGCAAAGACCAUGUCACUUGUGCAAUGCUUGAAUAUGGAAUUUGAUCUGAUCCAAAAGUUUCUGGUCACUAAAGAUUUUCAUGAAGGUGUGGAAGCAACAUUCACAAGCAAACCUCGCAGAAAACCACAGUGGCAACCUCCUCAGUUAGCGGGCAUCUCUGAGGAUGACAUUGAUCAGCUGUAUUUCUUGGACGCGUCGCCUAAUAAUCUCUCUUUACCAUCUAAAAUGGAUCUGAGGACAUACCCUUACUCUCGAUUUGCAUUACCCAGUGAAGAAGAAGUGCGAUUAGCGGUGACAGGAGAAGGGCCUGAAUUCAAGGUGGAAGGCAGAUUAAAAGAAGAGGAGGAGAUUAUUUCAUGGUUUGUGAAUGGACAUAGAGGCAAAUGGGGUGUUCGUGAAAAGGUCCUCGAUAUACUCGCUAGAAAGACAGUUGGGACAGAAGAAGAAGGCCUUGUCUGGUUACCACAGCAAAAACAAUAA